AUUGUUGUUAAUCUGUACUAACUUGGUUGUUCUUCCUCGGAGAGCUUUUUCAGUCUUCACCGCUUUCGAGGUGGUAAUCCGAGCGCGAACAGGCUACAAAAUCUAGGGUUUCGCGAGGAGAUCUGGUUAAUUUUCUAAUUUGGAAGUGCAAUCCGAGUAUGUUUGGUCGACAUGUCUGAAAAUUCUGAGAAUUAUGCUUCAGAACAUGUCUUAGAAUCUCCAGGCUCUCCGCCAACUGGAAGCCAAGGGUUCGAUGGGAACGAUGGAGGUACUGGAUCUGCAGAGCUUUCUGCGGAAACUGCUGCCUCUCCAGAUCCAGGGUUGUUGUCCGGCGAUGCUGCAAGCUGUUCUGUUGAGAUAUCAGAGGGCGCUGAUGGGGAUGGCUAUUCGGUAAAAUCAUCUGAGAACCAGCACAACCUCAUAGCUCAAAUGCCUGCUUCACCUGAGGAAGAAUCAAGCCCCCAAACUGAACAUGCUUCUGAUACUCAGCAGGUAGCUGUGGUCUUUGACAGUGAAACAGCGAAUGCUAAUGGAAACGAAAUUCCUGUCGAGGAUAAAUCCUCGAGGGGUGAGGGAUUCACGCCUGAGACGGAACAAAUUACGGUAGUUGACAAGGAUUCCCCUGUUGAUCAGGUACGGAUACAAUCAUACAUUGGAACUCUCAAUUCUUCAUGUCUUUUUUACAACUCUUAAUCCGAUUUCAUGCGCCCCCACCCUCCUCCUUCUCUGAAAAUGAAACUUUCACUCUUUAUUAUAAUAAAUGUAUUUCUCCUCCGCUAAGAAAUGUCAAAACUCAGGGCGAAGGCAACCUCAAUGAGGAUGCAGGGAAGGAAGACAUGUUUGUUGAUGCGCCUGACGAACUAACUGUUUAUUCUGGGAGAAAUACGGACGAACCCGUGACUGUCGCUGACACCCUGGAGAGUCCUCUGAAGAAGCUGGAUAUCCAUGAAACUCCAUUUCAGGCGGUGGAGGACGUGGGAGAAGAUAAUCGCUUGAUGGAUGAACUGGCACGUUUGCGGGCUUUGUUAGACAAAGUUGUUGGUGAGAAAGAAAUCAUGGAACAGCAAUAUAAGGAAGAGCAAGAGUUGUUUACGAGAGAACUUGCUAAUAUUCACCACCAGCUUGAAGGUCUGACUUGUCAGCAUCCUUUGCUUGAUGAUAACAACAAAUCUUUCUUUGGUUCUUUUCCUCGAGCAGACACAGGAGAUAGCGUGGACAUGCCUCAGGUUUCAAACUCCGCAUUGCAAAUAAUGGUUGGUGACUGCUCCAAGUUUAUCCUGCUUCUAAAAGGGGCGCUAGAUGAACGGCUACUUACUGAGGGCACAAUGAGAGAGCUAAAAGCCGUUCUUUUCAAGAAGGAUCAAGAGAUUGAAGACCUUAGUGCAACAAGUACUGAGCUAUCAGUAUCCCUUGACAUUGUUUUUUCGUAUUUGGGGUCGCUUCAGAAUAUGUGGCUUCAAUCUUUAAAACAACAAUCUGAGGUUCAGCUUGAAAGGGACCAGCAUGUCCAGGGUGUCAUGAACAGGCUGGUAGCUUCUCUAUCCACAUUACUUCAGGAGGAUGAUUUGUUGGAUGACUCUCUUGAUGGGAAAAUAUCUUGUGUUGAGAAGGGCAUGUUUGUGAUGAUUGAGAACAAUAACAGGUUCCUUUUUGAAAUUGACCAACUUAAGCAGUGUUUGGCAGACGUCAAGUUGGAUGUUGGAAUUCCUGAAGAGAAAGAAUUUGGAGCUAUUUUUGGUAUAACUCGUGAUGCCUUGCUUGAAUCUAAAAGGAAGGAAAUAGAUUUUCUUGAGAAAUUGAAUCAAAUUGAAAAUGAGAAUAAUACUUUGUUGGAGCAAUUAAGCAAGGAAAAAGAAAAGUUCGAAGAGUUCAAUGCAGAAGUAAGCAAAAUCAAGACAGAACUUGAGCAAGAAAAGUUCAGGUACAACACUACCAAAGAAAAGCUUACCAUGGCUGUCACAAAAGGUAAGGCUUUGGUUCAGCAGAGGGAUUUGUUGAAGCAAUCUCUAGCUGAGAAAACAAGUGAGCUUGAAAAUUGUUCGCUUCAGCUACAAGAGAAAUCAAAUGCCCUAGAGGCUGCUGAAGUCAGUAUGGAGGAGUUGGUCAAAAGCCAAAAUUUGGUGGCUUCCCUUCGGGAAUCUUUAUCACAAAGAGACAUGGUUCUUAAGGAAAUUCAAGAAGUUCUCUCUCAAAUAGACAUGCCUGAGGGUUUGCAGCCCCUGGAUACUGUAGACAUAAUUAGAUGGAUUUUGGAUCGAAGAAAUAUAUUAGAGAAUGUUUCCUUGGAAUUCCACAGACUGAAAGAUGCCUUCUCUUCAAUUGACCUGCCAGAAACAAUAUCUUCUGAUCUUGAAUCUCAAGUCAACUGGCUUUGGGAUUCCUUUUCCGAGGCUAAAGAUGAUAUCAUCAAGUUGCAAGAUGAGAGUGCUAAAACCCAGGGACUUAUUGCUGCACGUGAGUCAGAAUUGUUGGAAGCACAUAAUGAGAUUGACCGGUUAACUGAAUCUCUUUCAGCAGAAAAGCAGGAAAAGGAUUCUCUUCAGGUGGGCCUGGAAAAUCUGAUGCACAAAUAUGAAGGGAUCGUUGAAAAGGUGUAUCGGGUCUCAUCUGAGAAGGAUCAGAUGAUGAGAAUGAUUCAAUCAGCUUCUGGAAUCAUAAUAGACAAUCAAGGGACAACCAAUGAAUCUUCCUCUGACAUGGUUUUGAUCAUAGAAAAUUGCAUUGCGAAGAUCAGAGAACAAGUUAAUGCCUCUUUUGAGUCUUCUCAUGUUGAGGUGGGGAAGUUUGAAAUUAUUCAAAGUUUGUUGUACGUAAAGCAUCAAGAAUUGACGCUUUGUGAGAAAAUACUAGAAGAAGAGCUAGACAGAUCGGAGAUGACUAAUCUGUCAAAUGAAAUAACAAGAGCAUCUCAAGAAAUUGCUGCAUUGAAAGGUGAAAGAGAUUCACUGCAAAAAGAUCUUCAACGAUCAGAAGAGAGAUCUUCUCUACUUAAGGAAAAGUUGUCAACUGCUGUAAAAAAGGGGAAGGGACUAGUUCAAGAGCAGAAAGGCUUGAAACAUUCUGUACAUGAAAAAGAUACAGAGAUUGAAAAGUUAAAGCUUGAGUUGCAGCAGCAAGACAAUGUAUUAAGGGAUUGCAGAGAUCAGAUUAAUAGAUUGUCAGGUGAUAUAGAACGUAUCACAGCACUAGAAUCCGAUCUUGGUGCCAUGAAAGAUCUAAGGGAUCAACUUGAGCAAGAGAGGGAAGGCCUGAAACAUUCUCUGCAAGAAAAGGAUACAGAAAUUGAGAAAUUAAAGCUCGAGCUGCAGCAGCAAGAAUAUGUAGUAAGAGACUGCAGAGAUCAGAUUAAUAGUUUGUCUGGGGAUCUGAAGUGCAUUUCAGAACUUGAAUCUGAUCUUGGUGCUAUGAAAGAUAAAAGGGAUCAACUCGAACAAUUCUUGGUAGAGAGCAAUAACGUGUUACAGGGGGUAAUUGAGUGUAUGCAUGGUAUUGUUCUUCCAGUUGAUGCAGCUUUUGAGGAGCCUGUUGAAAAGGUGAAAUGGCUUGCGAAGUACUUCCAUGAGUAUCAUGCUGAUAAGACUUGUUUAGAGCAAGAGUUGGAGAAAGUAAAAGAGGAAGCCAGUUCUCUGGGUAGCAAAUUUGCAGAGGCUGACACAACUAUAAAAUCACUGGAAGAUGCAUUGUCACUGGCAGAGAAUAAUGUCUCUCUAUUUGCGGAAGAAAAGAAAGACAUAGAAGCCCGUAAGAUUGACAUGGAACAAGAACUGGAGAGAGCAAUAGAGGAGGCCAGUAGCCAGGCUAGUAAGUUUGCAGAGGCAUGUGCAACUAUUAAGUCAAUGGAAGAUGCAUUAUCAAUGGCUGAGAAUGCUAAAACUUCUGCAGAGAUAGAGCUAGAGAAAGUGAAAGAAGAAGCUCUAUCUCAGGCCAGCAAGUUAGCAGAGGCCAACAUUACCAUAAGGUCACUAGAAGAUGCAUUAUCUGAAGUGGAGAAGAAUGUUUCCACUCUUGCCAAAGAAAAGGACAGUGCAGGGUAUGGUAGAGCUUGUUUGGAGAAAGAGCUAGAGAAAGUCAAGGAGGAAGCUGCUUCUCAGGCUAGCAAACUCUCAGAAGCUUACAUAACUCUUAAUUCAUUGCAGGAUGCCUUGUCACAAGCAGAGAGCAGUCAUUCUGUUAUUGUUGAUGAAAAGAAAACUGCAGAACAGGAGGUAAUAACUCUAAAUGACAAGUUAACUGCAUGCAUGGAAGAGUUGGCUGGAACUCACGGCAGCUUAGAAAGCCGUUCUUUGCAGCUCUUAGAUCAAGUUAAUAAUCUUCAAACGCUUAUGAAAGAUGAAUCUUUAAUGUCCUCACUGACAAAAGGAUUUAAGAAAAAAAUUGAGAGCCUAGAAGAUAUGGCCCAUCUUCUUGGAGAGAUACAUGAUCAGCUUGUUGCAAAGAGUAUAGAAUUUCAGCAUCCACCCCCUGGUAAUGAGGAAGAUCCAUAUAUGGCAAAGCUAUCUUCAGCAAACCUUGACAGUAUGCCAAAUGGUACGAUGGUUAAUAGUGAGACAAGAGCAGUGGACCUUGAGAAUAUCUCUACAUGUUUGACAAAGGCUGUAGAAGGAUUCAGUAUGAAAAACAAACUUCUUGCAGACAAGUUUGAAGGUUUUUCUAGUUCAAUGGAUGAACUUAUUGCAUUCCUUAUAAGUGCAUUACGAGCAACAAGAGACGAUGUCAUUGACAUGCUUCAGCACAUGGAUUCGUUGAAUGGAAAAGUAAGGGAUUUAGAAUCUUAUAAAGAGUCACAAGAGAUUGUGAUUUGUACAUUAGAGAAUGAAAUAGCUAUGCUACUGUCGACAUGCAGAGAUGCUACAAAUCAACUGCAGUUUGACAACAAUCUACUGGAUCUGAGCUCCAUUCCAGAACUAGAAAAAUUGUACCAUGAAGCGAGAGAAAGUGAUGGAGAUGCAGUGCACAAACAACAGGAAGGAGUUGAUGCCAAAGAACAUGUUAAGGAGCCAGAAAAUUUGUUAUUGACUGCAAAAAAAAUUCGAAAUCAAACUAGACAGUUUGAGAACAUGAAGAAUGUUCUGCUAAAAACCAUUGAAGAUUUGCAAAAUGGUCUGAAGGAAAUGAGGCUAGCCUUUGAAAAUGCUAUGCAAGAAAGGGACCUAAAUCAUGACAAGGCUUCUCUGUUAGAGAGUGAUUUAAAAGCCCUACAAAAUGAUUGCAGUGAGAUGCGGCAUAAACUAGAGGAUUAUGAGGCCAAGGAAAAGGAUUUGAGGGGAAAAGAAGCUGAGCUCUCAACGCGGAACUGUGCUUUAACUAUGAGAGAAGAGGCAGAUGCACAUCUGUUACCAGAAGACCAAUUGAAAACUCUCUUUGAAAAAAUAAAUCGGAUUGAAAUCCCUUUCAAAGGGUCAGAACAGGAGAACCCUCAAUUGCAUAGUUCAGAUCCUGUCAACAAGCUCUUUAACAUUAUCGACGGUGUUGCUGAAUUACAGCAUCAGAUGAACCUAUUAUAUCAUGAAAAAGAAGAGCUGCAGUCUAGUCUUGAGACACAGGUUCAUGAAAUUGACAAUCUGAAGAUGGAAGCUGAAAAUCAUUUUAGUAACAACCAAGACUCAGAGAAGUUGAAGUCUGAGUUAACUGAGAUAGCAUUGAGUUUGGAGAAAUUUAUUCAGAAAUUGGGAGGAAAUGAUUUAGUUGAAGACAAGAAACUUAUUGGUGCAAGGGGACUCUUACAAGUACUAGAAAAGCUAGUUACGGCCAUCAUUGUGGAUUCUGAAAGCUCAAAGACAAAUGCCCAGGAGCUGAGUGCCAAGUUGCUUGGGAGCCAAAAGGUUGUAGAUGAAUUGUCAAACAAGGUUAAAUUACUUGAAGAUGCAAUUCAUGGGAGGCCUGCUAUGCCAGAGACGGUGCAGGAAAGGAGCAUCUAUGAGGCACCAUCAUCAGCAAAUGCAUCAGAGAUAUCUGAAAUUGAAGAUGUGGGGUCUCUUGGAAAGAAAUCAAUCUCUCCUGCUUCCUCUGCUGCUCAUGUGAGAACAAUGCGGAAGGGAUCAAGUGACCACCUAGCCCUCAAUAUUGAUUCUGAAUCUGAUCGUUUAGUCAACCACCUGGAGCCUGAUGAUGACAAAGGUCAUGUAUUCAAGUCUCUCAAUACUUCCGGUCUCAUUCCAAAACAAGGAAAGAUUAUUGCAGAUCGAAUCGAUGGGAUCUGGGUUUCUGGCGGUCGAAUUUUAACGAGUCGACCUGGAGCAAGGCUAGGGCUCAUAGCUUAUUGGAUUUUCUUGCAACUAUGGUUUUUGGGUACCAUUUUGUAACAAGGUCACUGAUCCAGUUUCUUUGCCUUACAGCCACAUCCAUUUGGCAAGUUGUGUAUUGUAUUUGAUGUUGGUUUAGUCAUUCUUAUAUUUGCUGCUUGUUCUAGAUGAUGUAUCCAUAUAUGUCCUUGUUUCUUGAUUCUCCGCAACCACAUUUUUAGGGAUUCGGAGGAAUCAAGCCCCCCCCCCCCCCCAAGCAAAUGGACAGUACUGUGUCACAUUUGUUUCAUUUCCCCAUGAAAUAUAAAGAUAAGAGGGAAAUAUGUGAUACAUGAAGAUAUCUGUGCAACUGGAGAUUUAAUUCUUUUAUAGCUCUGAGCCAAGACAGAAUGGUACUAUUCCUUUUUAUCAAUCUCAGGUUUGAUGAGUAA